AUGGUCGUCCACAACCCUAACAACUGGCAUUGGGUUGACAAAAACUGUUUGAGCUGGGCCCGUAACUAUUUUGAAGAUCGUCUUGUGGGUUUGAACAGUGCUGAAAAUGAGACGAAGAAAGUGGAAGUGUCGUCGAUUUCGUCGAUGGAGGGUGACUGCGAGGUCAGCCAACGCAAGGGCAAAGUAAUCUCUCUUUUCGACCUUAAACUGGUUUUGAUGAUCAAGGGUCAAGUUGAAGACGAGGACUUUGAGGGUAGCAUUACCGUUCCUGAAAUAGCAUUUGACUCCGAGGCUGAUGACUAUCAGUUCGAAAUUUCGAUCUACAAGGAAACGAGCAAGCUAAGCGGAGCAAAACCACUGGUAAGGGAAGGGCUAAUCCCGCAGCUGAGAGAAGCUUUCUUGAAGUUUGGUCCGGAGUUGCUGCAAACGCAUGCCAACGACAUACAGGUGCCUGAAGAACAGGUGAAAUCGGAGUUCACAAGAGCUAACGCACAGUCUAAUCAGACCGCAAGCACGCCCGCGUCUUCUUCGUCUUCCAAACCGUCGACAACCAAAACAAGCAGCACCGUGAAGUCUGGAUCCGUUGCAGGCUCUUCAAAAGGCCCACUCUACAAUACCACAACGUUGCAUUUGGAGCCCACUUUCAACGUGCCUGCCAUCGAGCUGUAUCAAACAUUUCUCGACAAACAGCGGGUACAAGCAUGGUCAAGAUCGCAGUUGGUUUGUGAGUCGUCGAAAAGCACGCUGGAAAAAGGCGAUGAGUUCACUUUCUUCGGAGGCAAUGUGACGAGCAAGCUCAUCGAGGCUGACGCUGGCAAGCGUUUGGUAUUUCAAUGGCGUCUCAACGACUGGCGUUCUGGCCACUGGAGCACUCUAGCCAUGGACUUCCAUGAAUCUCAAGAAUAUCACGAAACAAAACUACAAGUUACAUGGAGCGGGGUUCCCGUAGGUGAAGAAGACAAAGCCAGAGGAAACUUUUUGGAAUACUAUGUCAGAAGCAUCAAGCUAACCUUCGGCUUCGGUGCCGUUUUGUAG